AUGUCCAGUACGCAACGCAACGCAAGGGAGCAAAUCGUCACAUGUGCACUUCUCAACGCAGCCGUUUCAUCACCAAAUCAGACCGUCUCCGCCUUCUCAACCCCCGCCUUCGGCGCCGAAGCCAAAGAAUCACGCUCCAUGAUCCACGCAAUCCUGCACUUCAACCUCCCCGCCUCCGAGAAAGAGGUCCUGCGCAUCUUCGACGACUGUCAGCACCGGUCACCGGCACCGCCUUCGAGACCGCCGCCGCCGCCAUGCGCCUCGUCCUAUACUACCUACGUGUACACUUCUCCCAUUAUCCUCGCCACCCUCCGCGCCGAGCUCACUUCGAACAUUGAUCUUAGCCACGCAUCGGCAGACUCAGACAGCCACCUCACGACGCUGCUGAUGCACAUGGACGCGGGCUUGUAUCCGGAGCCGGAGCGCUUUGCGCCGGAGCGAUGGAUGGGGCUAGACGCGCGGAAGAAGGCCGAGAAGACCCUUGCGCAGGCGGAGAUGUGCAUUGUGAUCUCCACGCUGGUCCAACGGUUUGAUUUUGAGUUUGAUGGGGCGGGCCCCAAGGACGUCAUUGCGUACAGCGAUGAGUUGUUCAUCAUUGGCACGCAGGCGUUAAGGCAUUCGUUACGAGAUAUAAGGCUUGAUCGAUGA